CCGGCGGGCGGCAAAACCCUACGACUGCAGGUCUACGACCACUGACUUCCCGCGCGCGCCCUCCCGCUCCCGGCUCCCGGCUCCAGCCCCAUCCCCAGGACCCCAUUCCCAUCCCCUCCCGCCCCCAGCCGAAGCAGACCCAAUGUCCUGCGGCAGCGGCAGCACCGGCGAAGUCGAAGGGGGCAAAUCGGCCGCCGCGAUGGCGUCGUGGCACGAAAGCUUGGCGGCGCCGCCUCGCGUCCUCAUUUCCCACCGCCCUUCUGAUGCCAGCAGUCAAGGGACUGUUCUGUCACUUCAACAUCCAAGAUCAGGAGAUGAAACAGGGUAUCUAUUUAUUGAUGGUCAACUUCAAGAGAUCAACUGGUUCAAAGAGCGUUAUGGUGCUUGGUUCUUGGGGGAUUAUGUUUGUGAAGAUGGCGGCCUCUAUUAUUGCACCCCUGUUGAUCCUAUCUUCAUUUUCCUACCAACUUUCGAAGCUGCACGUAUGUCGAACGGGAAGGAUCCAGGAAAAUUCAGACAACUGGAUGAAAUAUUGUAUGUUGAGGGAUAUCCUGGAUAUCAGCAGCUAAUGAAUGUAGCUAGCCACCAUAUGGAAUUGGUUUGUGAAGUAAAAGAAGUAUCUAACAUGAAGUUCUUUAGGCUGGACAACUCCAAGGUAUUAUCUUGGUUGUGCUGCAAGGUAUACAACCUAAAGGAGAUCUUCCCCAAGUUGGGUAAAAAUUAUGGUGCCCAAACAGAAAAAGAACAAUUGAAGGAGGCUGUCCAAAUGAUCCGUGAAUAUCUGAAGGACGAUCCAUGGUUAACAUUACUAUGCAAGAAGCUGCAACUGGAUAUCAAUGAGAUCACUGUCGAUGCGACGACCACAACUGGUGAAGCUUCGUUUUAUGCUGACAGUUGUCCGGCACCUGCCCUACCCUCUGAGAGUAAGACUGCGACUGGUGGUGCCAAGUCAAGCAAAGGGAGGCCAGCGAAGAAACCAAAGACAGAAGUAGGAUCCAAGAACAUCAAAGAUAUGUUCCGAAGGGUCACAAGGAAUGGAUCAGGAUCAUGAUGCCUCCCUUAUAACCUUCGUGUGACUGAAGCCUCACGUGGCAUUUUGAUGCAUUUGGAGCUGCAAGAUUAAUUUCAAAAUUGGAUUAGAUGACAUGCCAUUUUUUUUUGGCUCAGUCCAGCACCCCCUUUGUGAAAUCUAUGUAUGUGAGUUGCAGAGGCUAACAAUAGAUUGGAAUUAUAUUGUAGCGUUAAUUGGUGAUUCAGGUAGUGAACUCCGCUAGUCUACAACCCUCGGUAUGUAUGGGAUGUAUUUGUAUCUGCCGCCAGACGCGAGAGCCCAAACGGCUGGUAUUGUUUGAGCCCAAACGCGAGGGCCCAAAAUCUUAGAGCAUCUCCAUUAGAUUGA